AUGUUAAGUCCUGAACGUAGACCAUCCAUGGCAGAACGUCGCCCAUCUUUUUUUAGUUUUACCCAAAAUCCAAGCCCUUUAGUGGUCCCACAUUUAGCUGGGAUUGAAGACCCUUUACCAGUUACUACCCCAGAUAAAGUUGAUGUUCUUAUCGCAGGGACUGGUAUGGUAGAGAGUGUACUCGCUGCUGCGUUGGCCUGGCAAGGUUCCAAUGUUCUCCAUAUUGAUAAGAAUGAUUACUACGGAGACACUUCAGCCACAUUAACUGUAGAACAAAUCAAAAGAUGGGUAAAUGAGGUUAAUGAGGGCUCAGUAAGUUGUUACAAAAAUGCAAAAUUAUAUGUAUCCACACUUAUCGGUAAUGGCAAAUAUUCUUCAAGGGAUUUCGGUAUCGACCUUUCUCCGAAGAUUCUAUUUGCUAAGUCUGAUUUAUUGUCAAUUUUAAUUAAAUCAAGAGUUCACCAAUACUUGGAAUUUCAAUCUUUAUCUAAUUUCCACACUUAUGAAAAUGACUGUUUCGAAAAGCUAACAAAUACAAAGCAAGAAAUAUUCACGGAUCAAAAUCUACCAUUAAUGACUAAAAGGAAUUUAAUGAAAUUCAUCAAAUUUGUACUCAACUGGGAAGCACAAACAGACAUAUGGCAGCCGUAUGCGGAGAGAACCAUGUCUGAUUUUUUGGUGGAAAAAUUCAAAUUGGAAAAACCACAAGUUUUCGAAUUAAUUUUCUCAAUUGGGUUAUGUUAUGAUCUCAACGUAAAAGUACCAGAAGCUUUACAAAGGAUUCGUCGAUAUCUAACUAGUUUUGACGUUUAUGGCCCAUUCCCUGCGCUGUGCUCCAAGUAUGGUGGGCCAGGUGAAUUAUCGCAAGGGUUUUGUAGAUCUGCCGCUGUAGGCGGUGCUACCUACAAACUUAAUGAGAAAUUAGUAUCCUUCAACCCUACAACCAAAGUGGCGACAUUCCAAGAUGGCUCUAAAGUGGAAGUUUCAGAGAAAGUAAUAAUAUCACCUACACAAGCUCCUAAAGAUAGCAAGCAUGUUCCCCAACAACAGUACCAAGUCCAUCGUUUGACCUGUAUAGUUGAAAAUCCCUGUACUGAAUGGUUCAACGAAGGUGAAUCUGCCGCCAUGGUAGUCUUCCCUCCGGGCUCCUUAAAGUCUGGUAAUAAGGAGGUAGUACAGGCCUUUAUUCUCGGUGCUGGCAGCGAAAUUUGUCCAGAAGGAACUAUUGUAUGGUAUUUAUCAACCACAGAACAAGGCCCACGUGCUGAAAUGGACAUUGAUGCCGCUUUAGAAGCUAUGGAAAUGGCUCUUCUAAGGGAAUCUUCUUCGGGUUUAGAGAACGACGACGAAAUUGUUCAACUAACAGGCAAUGGUCAUACAAUAGUAAAUUCGGUUAAGUUAGGCCAAUCUUUCAAGGAGUAUGUUCCUAGGGAGAGAUUACAGUUUUUGUUUAAGCUUUAUUACACCCAGUACACAUCUACGCCUCCGUUUGGUGUAGUCAACUCCUCUUUCUUUGAUGCCAAUCAAGAUUUAGAAAAGAAGUAUAUUCCCGGUGCGAGUGAUAAUGGCGUCAUAUAUACAACCAUGCCUUCUGCUGAGAUAUCAUAUGAUGAAGUAGUCACCGCAGCCAAAGUCCUAUACGAAAAGAUAGUUGGCAGUGAUGAUGAUUUCUUCGAUCUAGAUUUUGAAGAUGAAGAUGAAAUACAGGCUGGCGGCGUUGCCAAUGCGGAACAAUUUGAAAGCGCCAUAGACGACGACGACGAUGUUAAUAUGGAGGGUUCCGGUGAAUUUGUAGGUGAAAUGGAGAUAUGA